AUGAGCUUAUACCAAAGAAGACAAACAAAUAUUAGUAAAUUAUCAGAACAAGACUUAAAGUAUAGUUGUAGAUAUGAAGACUCUUGGCACUAUAAAUAUAAAGAUAAUAAUGAAAUUUAUAUUGGUGGUAUUGCAAGUGAAUUAAAUGAAGGGGAUAUGAUUAUUGUUUUUUCACAAUUUGGAGAAGUAAUUGAUAUUAAUAUGCCAUGGAAUAAUGAAAGGGAUGAACAUAAGGGGUUUUGUUUUCUUACAUAUAAAGACCCAAGAAGUUGUGUGUUAGCCAUUGAUAAUUUUAAUGGUAUUGAAUUAAAUGGUAGAACAUUAACGUUUGUUUUAUAA